CAAAUUACGUCAGUCUGGUAACCCAGCGGUGCAGCUGAUGAAGGACGUCUGUAGUUCGUCGGUCUGCGAAAAAUCAAAUAAGAUUUUCCUCCAUAUUUGUUUUGUGGUGCACUUUGCACAAAUAAUUGUUUAAAUAAAGUGUUGUAAAUCAUACAUUGUGGCUAAGGUAACGCCUUACCCGAGCAUGAGUUAUUCCGGAAGGAAUAAAUUCGAGAUCGCUCGGUACUCCGCCGAGGAUGAGAACCACAUCAACCGCAAGCUCCCGAAGGAGCUACUGCUGCGCAUCCUCUCCUACCUGGACGUCGUCUCUCUGUGUCGCUGUGCACAGGUAUCAAAACUAUGGAACAUAUUGGCCCUGGAUGGCUCCAACUGGCAGAGGAUAGAUCUGUUUGAGUUCCAAAGGGAUGUUGAGGGCCCAGUAAUCGAGAACAUAUCACAGAGAUGCGGCGGUUUCCUCCGCGAACUGUCGCUGCGAGGCUGCGAGAGCAUAGGAGACUCCUCCAUCAAGUCAUUGGCACACUCGUGUCCCAACAUCGAGUAUCUGAACCUGAACAAGUGCCGGAAGAUCACGGACGCCACCUGCCAGGCGCUCGGCAAGAAGUGCAAGAAGUUGCAGCGGAUAAACCUGGAUUCGUGUUCAAACAUCACAGAUGUGUCACUGAAGGCGUUGUCGGACGGAUGCCCGAUGCACUAUAUUUGUUGGUCAUGGUGUGCAACUUUGCAGUUAAAUGGAGUGUCUUACACCUUCGAGCCACCACAACGGAAUGAUUUUGUACAAAUUUUAUAUAUAUUUUUGACUGCAGGUUGUAAGAACGUGAACGACAAAUGCGUGUCGACGCUGGCCACAUACUGCCCCGAGCUACAGGCGCUCAACGUACAGGGGUGUGAUCAACUAACAGACGAGUCAAUAAGCAAGUUGGGCUCGGGCAUGCGUCGCCUGUGUGUCUCCGGCUGCGGCAGACUGACAGACGCAGCCCUGGCAGCCUUGGCAGCGCACUGCCCGGACCUCGUCACGUUAGAGCUGGCGCAGUGUACCCAGCUCACUGAUGCCGGCUUCCAGGCGUUGGCUAGGAGCUGCAGAAUGCUGGAAAGAAUGGAUCUCGAAGAGUGCGUGCUGAUCACAGACGCCACGCUCGUACACCUCUCCAUGGGCUGCCCGCGGCUCGAGAAACUGACGCUGUCCCACUGCGAGCUGAUAACGGACUACGGCAUCAAGCAGCUGUCGAUGUCUCCGUGCGCCGCCGAGCAUCUCACCGUGCUAGGAUUGGACAACUGCCCGCUGGUGACGGACGGGGCGCUGGAGCACCUGAUCUCCUGCCACAACCUGCAGCUCAUCGAGCUCUACGACUGCCAGAUGGUCAGCCGGAACGCCAUACGGAAGCUAAGGAACCACCUGCCGAACAUAAAGGUGCACGCGUACUUCGCGCCGGUGACUCCGCCCAUGGCGGGCGGCGGCGCGCGCCCGCGGUACUGUCGCUGCUGCAACAUCAUAUGAACUGCUUCCGUCAGUCUUGUCAAGAUGGGACUCGAACCCGCAACAGAACGCAGUGGCAUACACCGACCGCUCAACUUAAACCAACUGUGUCUAACAUACGAUAUUUUUAAGUAUGUAUGUAUGUUCGUAAGCAUCUAUCUUCUAAACUACUAGACCAAUUUUGAUACAAUACAAUUGUUACCGACACCUCUACCCUUAAAAUUGUAUCAAAUAUAUUGGAGCCUUGAAAAAUAGCUCUUGUAUCGUAGGAAAUAAAGUCUAUUAUAUAUUUGACUGAUACUGUCACAUUUCGCUCAAGACUUGAAAAAAAAAUACUAAGGAUGGUUUGCAAAAAAAGUUGAUGAUAGGUUUCUGCCACUGAGCUGCUGACUGUACUCUCGAGCAACGAGAAUAUUUAUUUAAUUAUUUUUUUUGUGUAUAAAAAAAUACCCCGAAUUUUGUAUUUUUUUGCGAACCCUACAUU